AUGCCUCACUACUCUCUCUCUCUCUCUCCCUCCCUCCCUCUCUCUCUCUUUCUCAGUCUGUCUCUCUAUCUAUCUGUCACACAGAAAAAAGACACCCUCUCUCACACUCACCGAGAUACAUACAUACACAAUCAUCUUUCUUUCUUUCAUUUUUUUCCCUUCUUUCUUUCCCAAACUCAUUUAAAUUUUUUCUCUCUGUUACUCUCUCUCUCUCUCUCUCUUUUUCUAUUCUUCUAUUCAUCACGUUUCACUUUCUUUCCCAGGCUCAUUUUUAUUUAUUUCUUCCUAGAUAUUUCUUCUUCUUCUUCUUCUUCUUCUUCUUCUUCUUCUUCUUCUUCUUCUUCUUCUUCUAGAUUCGUUUUUCUUUUUCUUUCUUUCUUUUCUUUCUUUCUUAUUGGCUCAGCUUUCUUCCAAGGCAGAGCUAGUGCUGCAGUCGAAAUAUUCUUCUAUUAUUUGUUUGUUAUUUUCUUUUUCUUCUUUUUUCUUCUUCUUCUUUAUCGACUUCCUCUUCUCCUCCUUCACCUCUUCUUUUUCGCUAUCUUCUUUUUUUUCUUCUUUAUCUUGUUCAUCUUAUUUGCUCUCUUCUUUGUAAUCUUUCUCUCCUACUCUUCCCUCUCCUCAUCAUCAUCAUCUUCGAUAUCUUCUUCUCUUCCUGCUCCACCUCUACCAUAUUCUCUUCGCUUUUUCUUCUUCUUCUUCUUCUUCUUCUUCUUCUUCUUCUUCUUCUUCUUCUUCUUCUUUAUCUAUCUCUCCUCCCCCCUCUCCAACAGUAUGUUCUCCGUUUCCGCUUUAUUUUUCUUCCUUUAUUGCUUCUUUUCUUCCUUUUUUCAUUUUCUUUUUUCUCGACUUUUUUAUAUUCUUUUUCUUUGUUGUCAUCAUCUUCUCCUCUUCCACUUUAUUCUUCUCGCUUUUCUUCUUCUUCUUCUUCUUCUUCUUCUUCUUCUUCUUCUUCUUCUUCUUCUUCUUCACCCUCUCCUUAUUCACCUUCUUUAUCUUCUGCUCUUUGAAUUCCUGUUCUUCCUCAUCCUUAUACUUCUUUCUAUAUCUUCAUUUUCUGUAUUUCUUUCUACUUUCCUUCCAGUCACUCCGUUACUUUUUGAUUCUCAUAAAUGUUUCCCUGGACAAUCAUGUAUCUGUCUUUAA